AUGACAAGCCUGGGAAGCGUAAAGGACGUGCAGAGACUUGCCGGAAGGUUAACCGCGCUAUCUCGGUUCCUCGGCGCGUCGGCUGCCAAGGCCCUCCUUUUCUUCAAUCUGAUGAAGAAAGGGAUAGCGUUUGAAUGGACCCCGGUUUGCGAGGAAGCCUUUAAUCACUUCAAGAGAAUUAUCUCAUCACCACCAAUCCUCGGUAAGCCCAAGAAUGGGGAAAUGCUAUUCCUGUACUUGGCAGUAACAGACGAGGCUUUGGCGGCCGUCUUGUUACGAGAAGAGGGGAAGGUCCAGCAGGCGGUUUACUUUGUAAGCAAAGUGCUGCAAGGGGCGGAGUUGAGAUAUAGCAAGUUAGAAAAGCUGGCUUACGCGUUGCUGACCUCGUCCCGCAGGCUUCGGCAGUAUUUUCAAGGGCACCCAAUAACAAUUAGAACAGACCAGGCGAUCCGGCAGAUAUUGCAAAAACCCGACCUGUCGGGCUGGAUGAUGGCCUGGGCAAUUGAGCUGUCCCAAUAUGAUCUGCAGUACGAGCCUAGACAUGCCAUUAAGGCCCAGGCAAUGGCAGACUUCCUAGUUGAGGUGACAAGGGAUCAUCCCGAGAAACCGAACAUACGGUGGAAGCUCCACGUAGAUGGAGCCUCCAACCAAACGUUCGGAGGAGCAGGAAUCAUAUUGGAAAGUCCCACCGGAGCCGUGUACGAGCAGUCGAUCAAGUUCGACUUUCCUGUAUCCAAUAACCAAGCAGAAUACGAGGCCCUCCUGGGUGGCCUCCAGUUGGCAAAAGAGGUCGGGGCCACAACAAUAGAAGUGUGUAAUGACUCCCAAAUCAUCACGUCACAGGUCAAUAGGACAUACCAAACUAGGAAUUCACUGCUGCAGAAGUACUUGGAGCAAGUCAACAGGCUGAGCAAGGAAUUUGACGAGGUCACCGUACGGCACGUCCCUAGGGAGAAAAACACAAGGGCCGACCUCUUAUCAAAGCUGGCAAGCAUGAAGCCGGGAACGUGCAACCGUUCCCUCAUCCAAGGCUUGAUGAAGGAACCGGCAGUGACCUUGCACCUUGUCCGCUCAAGCCCCUCAUGGAUGGACGCGAUUACCGAUUUCUUGGAGAACGGUAAGCUCCAUAGUGACGAUAAAACAGCAAGAGGGCUAAGAAGAGAAGCAGCCAAGUACACCAUAAUACAGGGCCAAUUAUUUAAAAAAGGGCUUAGCCAACCCCUACUGAAGUGCCUGCAUCCCGACCAAACGGACUACAUCCUACGCGAAGUGCACGAAGGAUGUUGCGGCCACCACAUUGGGGGAAAGGCUCUAGCCCGAAAACUUGUCAGGGCUGGUUACUACUGGCCUUCGAUGAUGGCGAACUCCAAAGCGUUCGUGGAGAAAUGCAAGAGGUGUCAGGAGAACGCCAACUUCCACAAAGCGCCGACAGUAGAACUUAGCCUCCUGAUGGCCUCCCGACCAUUUUCGAAGUGGGGAGUCGACCUGUUGGGUCCAUUCUCGGUAGGGCCCAGGCAGGUGAAGUACUUACUUGUCGCCAUCGACUACUACACUAAGUGGGUGGAAGCCGAGCCAUUAGCCAGCAUAUCAUCGGCCAACUGUCGAAAGUUCAUGUGGAGGCAAGUGAUAACCAGAUUUGGGAUCCCAGAGGUCGUCGUCUCGGAUAACGGCACCCAGUUUGCUGAUAAGAAGUUCAGAGAAUUCCUAGCCGGCUUGGGCAUAAAGCAGAGGUUCUUGUCAGUUGAACACCCCCAAACCAAUGGCCAAGUCGAGGCUGCUAACAAAGUCAUCUUACAUGGCCUCAAAAAGCGAAUUGACCACAAGAAAGGAGCAUGGGCAGACGAGUUAGCCUCGGUCCUCUGGUCCUACCGCACCACCCAGCAAUCGUCUACCGGAGAGACCCCUUUCCGCCUCACUUAUGGGGUAGACGCAAUAAUUCCUGUGGAGAUUGGUGAGCCGAGCCCGCGGCUGAUAUUGGGAGGAAUCGAAGAGGCCGUGGAGAAAGACCUAGCAGACGAGGCUAGGGAGAUGGCCCACUUGUCGAAAACGGCAUUAAAACAGAGGAUGCCCUGCGCUACAACGCCAAGGUACUCAAGAGGGAAUUCAAGCAAAAUGACCUGGUUUUAUGGCGUAACGACAUUGGACCCCCGACCCCGGGAGAAGGGAAGUUGGCGGCCAACUGGGAAGGCCCAUACAGGGUAA